CUGUCUGCCGUUUAGAAGACGUGACCCGCAGAGAGCCAUUUCGGAUUCUGCCCGUUGACGGGGCAUGAAACACUCAAACUCACGGGAUAUCAAGACUGGAAUCGGGCAAAGAUGUGAAAAGGGGAAUCUUGAGUUGCGAUUAAGUAGCCUAGUUGGAAGGAAAGGCUAUGAUAGAGGAAAAGAUGGCGAAUAACUCAACUUUAGAAAGCGUGUUUUCUCACAGAACAGGACACAAUUCAUCUCAACCAUCUCCAUUCACUGAAAUCCGGGAAAAUCCACUAAAGACGUAUCUCCUGGGAAUCAUCAUUUCAAUAUGUGGGAACUUUCUCAUCAGCAUUUCUCUGAAUAUACAGAAAUAUGCCCACAUGCGGCAGUCCCAGUUCGGCGGCUCCAAGCCCUACUACACGUCAGUGCUAUGGUGGGGCGGUGUGGUUCUCAUGGGGGUCGGGGAGCUGGGGAACUUUGCAGCCUACGGCUUCGCUCCAGCCACCCUCAUCGCGCCACUGGGCUGUGUUUCAGUCAUAGCCAGUGCAGUCAUCUCUGUGGUGUUCCUUAAAGAGACACUACGAGCCUCUGAUAUUGUUGGUGGUGCACUAGCAGUGAUGGGGACCUAUCUCCUGGUCACCUUUGCCCCCCACACCUCCACCCACAUCACUGCUCACCUGGUCCAAAGAUACGCCGUCAGCUGGCACUUCCUGAUUUACCUGUCUCUAGAGGUCAUAGUGUUUUCUAUCCUGCUCUAUCUGUACAAGAGGAGGAAUAUCAAGCAUAUAACCAUAGUGAUGCUGCUGGUGUCGCUGCUGGCCUCCCUGACGGUGAUCUCAGUGAAAGCUGUGUCUGGGAUGAUCACUGAGUCUAUAAACGGACCUCUCCAGCUCACCUACCCCAUCUUCUACGUCAUGGUAGUGGUUAUGGUGGCCUCCUGUGCGUUCCAGAUAAAGUUCCUAAAUCAAGCCAUGAAGAUGUUCGAUGCCACGGAGGUUGUUCCCAUCAACUUUGUGUUCUUCACUGCCAGUGCCAUUACAGCAGGAAUAGUAUUUUACCAGGAAUUCCAUGGGUUGGCUUUGCUCAAUAUAUUCAUGUUUCUCUUAGGCUGUCUGCUCUCUUUCCUUGGAGUCUUCCUGAUAGCCAGAGACAGACCCAAGAUCAAGACUCAAGACAAAACCUUUAUAGCCAUGGGAAAAAUCCCAGGGAGAAAAUCUAAAGAUAAGGUCCAGCCGGAGGCUAACAGCAACACAUACGGAUCUCUGGCAGCUAAACUCAUGUGUAACAAACCUGGCCCACAGGACGACUCGUAAUAUCAGCCACACCUGUGUGUUUUACCUGGACCUGUCUGUCUGUCUGUGUACCGAGACUACCUGUAUCAACACUACACACCUCUCUCCUGGGUUGCCAGACUGAAUGACUGUUGUACAGGCAGGGUUACUGUAUUUCCAGCAGGGUUAUGACUAACGGUUGCAAAAUUCCCAGAUUUUCCAGAAAUCCUAGUUAGAGGACAAUAGGAAUUCCUGCUAAUUGGCUCCUGAUUUCAGGAAUCUUGCCCGAAGCAGGAUUUCUGGAAAACCUGGACAUCUUGGGAAAGUUACCAGAAUUGUGCAAUUAUCAGGGAAUUGAACUCUGGUGUUACAGAUACUGAAGAGCCAUCUCAGGAUCCAACCCAAAAUGCACUACAGGCACCAAGUAAACAACUUUAUUAUUUCAUUCUCAAGGAGGUGGCUAUUUGAGGCUGUCAUGUUCUCUGUUAACACUAAAGCAACUGUUGUUAGAUCUCAUUUCUGCCGAGACACUUUAAUAUGGUUUCUAUCAUUGAUUUGUUAAUAAAGUGUAAUGUGAUAUUUAAAGUGUUUCACGAGGUCCCUAGAAACUCUGGCCGGCAAAGCAGGUGCACCAGCGCCCUCCACUGGUCGUAACAAGAAGGACUAUUUAACUACAUGAGGGCAUCCAGGCCCGUAGACGUCUUGGUAAAUGUUAGGCGUUUCAAACGUCAGACAGAACAGCAUCGGUCAUUCAGAAGUUGGAUAUUUGUUUGCUAAAGCUAAUAGCCUCAGAUGCCGAGGCUUCGCUCAACAAGAUGAGAUUUGGAAGGAUGGCCUCAACAAGACUACUCUACACCAACACAUUUUAACAACUAGCGCUUCACCUUUUUUUCUUUUAAAUCAAAACGUCAUUUAGUGAAUUGCAUUUCCAAGAGCAGUGGCAUGUAAGAGAUGAACUGACUGG